UUAGCGUUAGAAAUCAGAUCUAUAUAUUUUUAUUAGCAUUAAGUUAAUCAUUAAGGGUAUACAUUGUCUACUUGGACUUUGUUUAUUAAUUUAAAAAAAUCACGUGACUUUAGACCACACCGGAAAUUCGUAUAUAGUUAAUCAGGAUUUCCGGCCACUAAGCUUUGCAUAUCUGGUCUCGAUUAUGCUUUUAAUAGGUCAUUUUUUUAAAUUUAAAAUAAUUGAAAAUAAAACAUUCGAUAAUACCAGGAUUUUACUAAUUACAAGUUCCCUUAUAUAUAUAAUUAGCACAAAUGACCGAAAAUCUCGUAAAAUAUUUGAGUAUUUACAGUAGCUUGUACUCAGUCUGCUAGGACCUAGACUUUCCCUGAAGCGUUCAUAAUAACAUUCCGCGAACGUUGAACAACAGCUGUUCUCAAGGUCAAAUAGUAGUAAACAGUGUAAACUGCACGUGUCUCUUUGCGGGUUGCGAUAAAUGAAAGAAAAAUACGUAUUUAGUAUCCCUGCAGCUAUAUAUAUUUUUAACUAAAAGCAUUUAUUUUAAUUCUUUAAUAUUUUUAAUAGUGUUCUUCCAAAAACCGUCUUUGGGUGGUAUUUUUUUUCGCGGUAAUUUUUACGUUCUAAUUUAUUUUAAUAUCGGAUUCGCGCUUUAUUUCGAUAUAAAUAUUAAUUAUCAACAAUAAAAGAAAUAUUUAAGGGGUUGGGAAGGGUGAAAAAAUUGCGUUACAAGAUUUUAUGCAGAUAGUACCAUUAAAGUGGGACAUAGAAAUGGGAUUAAUGGAUUGGAACAUGUUUGCUCCUUGUGUUGAGGCUUUUACUCAAUAGAAUAUUAUUUGUUGGGCUGCAAUUUAAAAAUAUUGUAGACCUGUAGACCUAUAAUUUCUCAAUGACGUCCGUCAUUCCUUAAUCUCGAGAACGGAGUUAGAUAGAUGAAAGACGAGACCAGACAUGGAAACCUUUAGGGCAAGAAACCCAUAUUAACUAUAUAUAAAUAUAAAUUUCCAAUGCAAACCGAAAUUCACGUUAUUUCAAUUCAAAACAUUCCCCUGAAAGGAGUUAAUAGAUGACCGGCAUGACUCUAUUGCUAACAGGACAAGUAUAACGUAUAGGAGCAAACCACUACUAAUUUGAGGUAGCGAGCAUAUAAUUUAAAUUAAAUCAUUGUGACAACCACACAUUAACGUCAAAGUCACGUGACAUCCGCAACCCUUUUACCCUGAUGAUUCAUCCAUUCCUACUUCUAAGCGCAUGUCCGAUUCACUGAUGAAAUGCGAUUAUAUUUGUGCUGUCGUCAUCAAAUAACGUCAGCAAGCUUUGUUCUUCGGGGAAGUAUUGUUCCGGACGUAGCUUUUUCCCCCAGCUUUAAAAAUCAUCAUAAAUAUUCUAUUAAUAUUAAGGUAAUCUGAAGAAAAUUAGAUACUUUAUAAUCCCAAUCAGUUUAUGCUACAAAUAUCCCCGUGUAAGUCUUAUAACCGAGUUUAAAACAAUGGAGGAGCAAAGAAGUCAGUCCUUAUUAAAUAACUGUUGUGAAAUGAAGAUCGAUAUAAUUUCUGACAAAUCCAAUCAGGAUAUGAAAAGAACAGAAGAAGAUAAUUGCCGAGAAGAAAUAAUUACUUCUGAAUGGACAGAUCCAUAUGAUUUUAUAAUUAACGACGAAUUGCAAAUAGAAUCUCCUGAUAUAUUAGAAAUAGAAAUUAAUGGCUUAAUUUACACGAAGAAAAUUCCGAGUUCUCCGGAAGGUAUUUCAAUUAGAGAUUUUGAGUUAAAGAUAAGCGAAUUUAUAUACAAACCAGAUCGAAUUUUUCAUUACGAAGACGUUACAGAAUUAGAAAAAGAGAAUGAGGAACUUGUAAAUUCAUUCAAUUCUUCUUUGAGUCUCGAUGGCUCCAAUGGAAAACCGCAGUAUUCUGUUAGCAUUUAAGAAUUAUUUGCGUUAAAACAUUUAUAUUGUAUUCGCUGAGUAAAUAAAAAUUUGUAU